GAUCCCGCUGGUGUCAAGAACGUCGGCAAUGGUCACGGCGGCCAGUUCAUCGGUGGUCAGUGCCUCUCGAACGCCGACUGUGGGUCAGGUUGUUGUGCGGGCCCCUCUGGUAUCUGCUCGGGCCCCGGCGCACAGACCCAGGCGGGCAAGACCGGUUGCGGCUUCGUCGCCGGUGGCGCUCCUGUCGCAUCUGCACCCCCUGCGGCUGCGCCCGUCAACAACGGUGCGACUGCCGCCCCCGCCAACGGUGGUCCCCCCUUCGACCCCGCUGGCGUGAAGAACGUCGGUAACGGCCACGGUGGCCAGUUCAUCGGCGGCCAGUGUCUCUCCAACGCCGACUGCGGUUCCGGCUGCUGCGCGGGCCCCUCCGGCAUCUGCUCCGGCCCCGGCGCGCAGACUCAAAACGGAAAGACUGGCUGCGGCUUCGUCGCCGGCGGCGCCCCCGUCGCGUCCGCGCCCCC